AUGGCAACAUCAGACGGAGCGGGCGUUUUAGACGGUCCCCCACAUCAACGGUACCAACUCAGUCCAGUCGGCCGUCACCUCGUCGCAGCAUCUGGCGAGUUUGUGGGGACAUUCUUCUUCCUCUACUUUGGCUAUGCAGGGAAUCUCAUGGCUGUUCUCCAAGCGCCAUAUACGGCGCCAAAUGGAGGACUGGCCAGCAGUACUGAUAUCUGGAUCGCCGUGUCGUACGGGUUUGCCCUUUUGGUAAAUGCAUGGGCGUUUUACCGCAUCAGUGGCGGUUUGUUCAACCCAGCUGUGUCUUUGGGUUUAUGUGUUGGGGGCCAACUUUCAUGGGCGCGCGCAGCUUUCCUUUUUCCUGCACAGGUCCUUGGAUCUAUUUGUGCUGGUGGACUUGUUGAUGCCAUGUUCCCUGGACAAGUUGAGCAGGCCAAUACUCUUCUUGGGCCCAACACUUCUGUCGCCCGCGGUGUAUUCCUCGAAAUGUUCUUCACAGCUCAACUAGUCUUCGUUGUUUUGAUGUUGGCGGCUGAAAAGUCACGUGACACGUUCCUUGCACCCGUUGGCAUCGGACUUGCACUCUUUGUGGCCCUUAUCCCCGGUGUUUCCGUUACGGGUGGCUCUGCAAACCCAGUGCGCAGCUUUGGAUGCGCAGUCGCAGGCGCAAGCUUCCCCGGCUAUCACUGGAUUUACUGGGUAGGACCGGCUCUCGGUGCGACCCUUGCUGCUCUGUAUUAUCGGCUUGUCAAGCGGUUGCAUUAUGAGGAGGCGAACCCCGGACAGGACAGUCCUCACGAGGUGUAG